GUCCUCUACUACUUGCAGCGAACUCAGACAACACAUCGAUGCCACGUUGUUGCUUACCGAUAAGUAAGGGUGUAUCGAAGGAAGCCAUACGUAUGAAGGCAUGGGCCAUCUUGGAGGGCCAGAUCAUAUCCCUCUGUGUGUUCGGAACUGGGGCUUUCUCGACGGUCCUUGCGAGCGACUACAAUUUCAAUGCACCGGCAUUCCAGAGUAUGUUCAUCUACGUCUUCUUGAGCUUUUACAUAUUCGCAUGUAAGCCGUGGAAGAACGGUUUGACUUUGCCUUGGUGGUUCUAUCUUGUAUUUGCUUGUAUUGAUGUAAACGCAAACUACCUCGCUGUAUGGGCCUAUCAGUUCACCAACAUCACCUCAGCUCAACUGCUCAACUGCUUCACCAUCCCAUGUGCGAUGAUUCUUUCAAUGAUUUUCCUCAAGGCGAAGUACAACUGGAUUCAUAUAGGAGCCGUUAUCAUAUCCUUAUCAGGAAUGGGUCUAACUGUCUGGUUGGACUACAAAAGGAAUCCUGACAAUUUAGCCUCCCCUGGAGAUGCUCUCGUUGGGGACCUCCUUGUCCUCGCUGGUGCCACUCUGUAUGCAUGUGGCAAUGUAUUCCAGGAGUACAUGGUGAAAAGAUUGAGGUCAUCGAAAAUGGAGAGAGAGGUGGUUGAUGAAGAUGUAAACCGUAAGAGGUGUAUUGAUCCAUUCUUAGCCUCGGCGGAGUUCCUUGGUAUGAUCGGUCUGUUUGGUAUUCUAGUAUCCGUAAUUCACGUUGUCUCUCAUGAGAGGCAUCAGAUAGCAGCGAUAUACUGGGCCGAUGGGGUUACCGUUGGCUACUUGACGGGAUAUGUAUUCUGUUUGGUCACCAUGUAUACCCUUACGGCCCACUUCCUCACUCUGUUCGACGCUGCUGUGAUGAACCUGUCCUUGCUCACUACUCACAUCUAUGCAGCAGUAUUCGACUUCUUCAGAGAAGGUAGUUUCAGGUUGUCCCAUGCAAUGUAUGCCCUGUCCUUUGGUUUGGCCCUGGGUGGGUUGGUUCUGUAUCAUGUAGGGCCUCCGCCAACCCAGCGAAGAGGCAAGAAGGUGACUCCGUCGCCGACAACUACAGAGGGUAACACUGAUGCUACUACCAGCAGUGGCCCAUCUGCUGUAGAAUAG